AUUAUUCGGGCCCAUUUUCGUCAGAGAAAGUGAAUCCACUAAGCCCCGCCUGAUGCUGUGACGUCGACGUGGCUCGCGGAACACUGGUCUCUGAAGAAGCUGUAUAUCUGAAUGGACCUUGCGAUUACUUCUAAUAGCUCAAUGAUACAGUUGUUGCAUUAUCUAUGUUUUCGUCGGCACCGAUGAUUUCAAUCGUAAUCUUGCUCUUGGCUGUUUCGGCUGAAGCGGAUUUAUUUCAAUUGGAAAGCAUUUCAAAUGUUUCUACCUAUUAUUUCAAUUACAUCUAUUGCAAUAUAUGGGAAGGGGACUGUCAGCCAAACCAAGAUGAUGCGACCCAGCAAGUGCCUACAGGGGACAUUUGGUCAGGCUUCCCCCAGUAUUACACUGGUAUGCUGAUGGCUUGGUACUGCAGCCUGGGUCAGUGCUGUGAUACAGGAGACUGUAGGAUUACAAAUAAUAUCACAGGAUUGGAAAAAGAUCUGCAGGUAAAGCUUCAUGGUCAACACCUGGCCCAGUCAGUGGUUCUGAAAGCGAUUCAAGGCUUCAUCAACAACCCAGAGUCCAAUAAGCCACUGACUCUCUCCUUUCACGGCUGGUCUGGGACAGGCAAGAACUUUGUGGCCCGGAUUGUGGCAGACAACCUGUACCGGGAUGGUAUAAAGAGUGAAUGUGUGCGUUUGUUCAUUGCACCAUUCCAUUUCCCUCAUGUGAGACUAGUAGACGUGUACAAGGGCCAGCUGAGAGAAGCAAUUCGAGACAUGGUUUUGAGAUGUCCACAGACUCUAUUUAUCUUCGACGAGGCAGAGAAGCUGCAUCCGGGUCUUAUUGAUGCUAUAAAGCCAUACAUGGACCACUAUGAUAAUGUGGAUGGGGUCAGCUAUAGAAGAACCAUAUUUCUGUUUCUAAGCAAUAUAGGUGGUGGUGCCAUCAAUGAGGUGGCACUAGAUUUCUGGCAUUCAGGACAAAACCGGGAAGACAUCGGCAUGGAGGACUUGGAACACCUUCUGAGAGCAGAAGCGAUGGAAGCAGAAGGAGGUUUUGCCAAGAGUGAGCUAAUGUCAGGCCAUCUGAUUGACUUCUUUGUACCAUUUCUGCCACUGGAGUAUCGGCAUGUGAAAUCAUGUGCCCAUGAUGCAUAUGCAGCUCGUGGCCUCAAACCGGAUGAGAGAACCCUUGACGAAGUAGCCAAAGCCAUGAUGUAUGUUCCUAAGGAGGAGAAACUUUUCUCAGCACAGGGAUGCAAAUCAAUUCCUCAAAGGAUCAAUUUCUUUUUACCAUAACGGAGCGAAACAUCAGUAAACAUCAAGACAUUUACAGUGUGUGUGAAGUUGAAAUGAAGCUGCUUAUAUUGUAAUGCAAAACAUGGGUUAUGCAACACUGAAAAUGCAUUAGAAACUUAGAGUUGCAACUCUAUACCUCAUUCUUAAAACACUCUUGAGGACAGUCAGAGUAGAUGACAAACUCUACUUUAAUAGUUUUUUAAUAACUUUAUAUCUGCUUUGAUCUUAUCUACUCCUCCCAACUAACAGAAACGUUUACAUGAAUAGAGUGCCGCAGGGAUGACGAAUUUUUGUAGGCCAACUCGGAAGUUUGCGGGACACUGGUUCCCUCGCCAAAUAGCCCAUUCCGUUUUCCUAUAGACUUUGAAUUAUCGCAAAAAAAAAAUAAGAGGUGUGUUUGACAUUUGCAAGUUUUGUCAAACAAACGAUGUAAUCUUUACAGAUGAACACAACUUUUAUGAAGUAUUGAAAAGCUAACCCUCAACCACACCGCAGUCUCUCGACCUUGGUGUCAUCACCACCAAGCUUCAUUAAACACAUUUAAAAACAUGUUUUUUGAUAAGCAAAUACUCUGAGGAUGAAUGUUUGUUGGGAAUUGUGCCCAUGUUGCAUUGUUUUUGAGAUCAUUGACGUUUAAAUCCCCAACGACGUCUCUAGUCCCAUAUAGCAACUUGUUAGCAACCACCCCUUUAAAGACAUGUUAAAUCUUAAAAAAAAAAUCACUAGUACGGGUAUUAGUGUUUUAUGCCGUAAGAUAAGAUGUGAAAAUAUAUUAGGCUUGUGUUAACCAAAACCCUAUUCAAAAAAUCCAUUGACUUCGGGACGCUAAAAUGCUAACUUCCGGGGUUUGCCUACAAAAUAUAUAUAAUCUCUGCGGCUCUAUAAUUUGUCUGAUCAUAAGCAACUAACAUUUCUGAAAAAUUCAAGUGAUUUUGUGUAAUAAUGAGUAGUUGUUUUCCAAUAUUGCUGUGGAUGCAGCUAAAUAUUUAACCUGGAAUAUUUUAUUUUAAGUGCUAUGCACUGCACAUUUUUGGGCAUAUUUUGAAAUCUGUGUCUGCAUUGAUGGUUACACAUAUUAUAACAUAUUACAAUCUUGUUAUAUUGGUAUUCUUGUUUUGUGCAUCAUCAUGGUUAUUUUAAGGUUACAACGUGUUUAUUAAAAAAAGACACAACCAUGCCAGUGUUCCAACAGCUGAUUUUGGAGCUGUUUCCCAGACAGGGAUUAGACUAGUCCUAGACUAAAACAAUUGUAAGAGCAAUUUAAACUUAAAAUACAUCAGUGCCCUUUGUUUUGCCUUUAAAUAAAUACAAUUAAUGUUUGUUUUCCAAAUUAAACUAAGGCCUAGUCCUGGUUUAAGAUAAUCCCUGUCUGGGAAACCACCCCUUUGUGUUCAAUUAGAUGAAAACAUAAAACUUACUAUGGGGCGGAUUCCCGGACAGGGAUUAGACUAGUCCUAGACUAAAUAAAUGUAAGAGCUUGCAUUGACAUAUCUUAAAAUACAUCACUGACCUUUGUUUUGCCUCAAAAUGCACAUAGGUAAUGUAUUUAGUAAGACAUGUUUGUUAAAACUAGUUAUAUUUUCUAAUUAAACUAAGGCCUAGUCCUGGAUUAAGCUAAUCCCUUUCCGGGAAACCACCCUUAUAAAUUUUCAUUUCUUUAGUUGUACCUGUUGUAUUUUGAGUCUUGUUAAAGAGUAACUAAACCCUAAACCAACUUUUUUUUUAGUUAAUGAUCUGUAAGAAUGAUGCUUUAUUAGUGCUGUUCAUUGAUUUUAGUAAGUUUUUUGACAUUUGGAUAUAAAGUGUUUCAAUACUACAAUAUAUGGUGUAAAAACGUCUGAGUGCUGCCCUCUUCAGGUUGAACGGUGGCUACUGCAGUUGAAUUUUCCUAUUGGAUGUUGGGUCCAAAAAAUGACUCGUGACGUAAGCAGGUUCAAGCUCACCACGCCCUUGUUACGAUCUCACCACACACUUGGUACGAGCUUAGUUCCUCCCCUCUAUCUCCGUUGGGAUCUUCCCACUUUUCUUGCAUUUUUCAAAUAUUGCCAGUGGGCGGAGUCAGGCUCUGACCAGGGGUUUAGUUACUCUUUAAAGGAAAACUCCACAGUUUUUCAAUAUUUUACUAUUUUCUUACCUCAACUUAGAUGAAUUAAUACAUACCUAUCUUUUUUCAAUGCAUGCACUUUUAAUCUUUGUACAGCGCUUUUUGAAUGUGUUAGCAUUUAGCCUAGCCCCAUUCAUUCCUAUGGCUCCAAACAAAAGUUUUAUUUUGUGCCACCAUACUUGUAUGUAACUACUCGUGUAACAGUCUUUUAAUAGGGAAAACAUGGAAGUGUUUGGUGGCUUCUAAAGUCAUCCCUGUAUGGAGCCAUAGGAAUAAAUUGGGCUAAGCUAAAUGCUAACACAUUCACAUAUGUGUUUUUCAAAGAUUAAAAGUGCAUGCAUUGUUAAUUUGUCUAAGUUGUGGUAAGAACAUAGUAAAAUAUUGAAAAACUGGUGUUUUCCUUUAACUCUUCAAUGCCAGCACUUUUUAUGCAAGUAGAUCUUUGAUCAUUUCCUUGCUAUAUGGUACAUAAGCUUUUGUUUAUAAUUGUUAGUUUGAAUUUUUUCCAGUCUUAAUAAUUUUUUUGCUAUUAAAUUAAAGUUUAAAGUGGGAGGUAAGCUAAGGGGUAACGGUCACUAUUUUAAUGUACUAUUCAAAUUCACCAGCUGAAGUGACAUUUUGUAAAUGUUUUCUCUACAAAUAUUAUUCGUAUGUAACAACAAACUCUGUGGUAAGCUGUCUGUCAGCAACAGUUAAAAAAAAUAUAUAUUUCCCCAAAUAUGGAGUAUUCUGUUUAAGGUUAGCAUAUCCCAGGCUGUUAUUUACACGUACAAAGCUUUACAUUUUGGAUUUUUAGUCCCCUAAUACAUACACCAGUGGGAAAUGUUUAAAUGCUUGUUAUUUAUUAUUUGUUUAAAGUGGAAAUAAAAUUCAAAUGUGCCAAAGAUCUUAAAACUCUUUGCUUAAAAUGUGGAUUUUGCUGAUCAUCAAGACCUUUGUCUGAACAUCUCUGCAUCUUUCCAAUGUUUUUGUAGCUCAGCUGGUCUCAAUUGAUCCCCAGGGAACACAAAUACUGAUUAAAACUAUGUAUAGAAC